AUGCUGAAGUUCAGCGUAGCACCAGUAUUGUGUGGGGAAGCGGACGUCCAGCUCCAGCUUCAGAGCUCUCAUCUCCAAUCGACCAUGUCAGCACCGGCGACCUCAGCAGCACGCAACGUGAUGCGGCAAGCAACAAGGAAGGUCUCCUCAUCGCUUGCUCGCCAUGCUCGGCGUCAACAACAUCAGCCUGCCUUUCGAUACGGCUCAAUAGCGACCAUGCGGGUCUCUCAAUCGCGCUGCCUUUCUACAAGCCCGAUCACCCGUGCUGGCUUGAUGCCAGAUGCAGAGGAGCCAGAGCCACCGAAAGUUGAGAAGCCGGAAACACCACGACCGACAGAACCCACCGAACUCAGCGAGGAGGAAUACCAUGAGCACGCCGAUGCGUUUGUGGGCUCUGUGCAUGAAAAGGCGGAGCAAAUUCAGGAGGGAAGGGACGAUGUAGAGGUGGAAUACAGUGCUGGAGUGCUAUCGAUCACAUUCCCACCGAACGGCACAUACAUCAUCAACAAGCAGCCGCCCAACAAGCAGAUCUGGCUAUCAUCGCCCUUGUCUGGACCGAAGCGCUUCGACUGGGUCCUGACUGGCGAGAGUAUGCACCAGAAAGAGGGUGGAGGUAGCGGCGAAUGGGUAUAUCUGCGCGAUGGCACCAAGUUCUCUCAUCUCCUCAGCAAGGAACUAGGCAUUCUUCCGGAUCACCAUGAGGAAGAACUCAAACAGAGUACGGACCCUGUGGAGUAA